UCUUCUAUGAUUCAGCCAACUAGAGUAGCUAGCAGCGUCGCCAUGGCGAGCAGGAAAAGUUCGCACUCUAAAAGAAACGACGUGGACAAAUAUUCAGUAUUGUUGCCCACUUACAACGAAAGGGAAAACAUUUCUUUGAUCGUGUGGCUUUUGGUGAAAUAUUUCGAUGAAAGUGGUUACAAUUACGAGAUUAUCGUCAUCGAUGACGGAAGCCCGGACGGGACAUUGGAGGUGGCGAAACAACUGAAAACAAUUUAUGGAGAGGACAAAAUUCUUCUACGACCAAGACCGUCGAAGUUAGGCCUGGGCACUGCUUACAUCCAUGGUAUGAAGCACGCCACUGGAAACUUCAUCAUCAUCAUGGAUGCUGAUCUCUCCCAUCAUCCCAAAUUCAUUCCAGAGUUUAUCAAGAAGCAGAAGGAAGGCGAAUACGAUUUGGUGUCUGGCACUCGUUACCAAGGCAACGGCGGUGUCUACGGUUGGGACUUGCGCCGGAAGCUCAUCAGCCGAGGUGCAAACUUUCUGACUCAAGUGAUGCUGAGGCCCGGCGCCUCGGACCUCACGGGCAGCUUCAGACUGUACAAGAAGGACGUCCUGGAGAGUCUGGUCGAGCGCUGCGUGUCCAAAGGUUACGUCUUUCAAAUGGAGAUGAUUGUCCGAGCCAGACAGCUCAACUACACCAUUGGAGAGGUUCCCAUCUCCUUCGUAGAUCGCGUCUACGGCGAGUCCAAGCUUGGAGGGAACGAGAUUGUGUCGUUCGUGAAAGGACUGCUCACGCUCUUCGCCACCACUUAAAUCCCUCGUGUGGUAAACUGCUCACUCUGUAAUACCGUAUCGCUACCAUGUUGGUACUAAAUAGACGAUAUGUUCAUCGUCGUAGGUACAUCAUCAUGGUUUGUACUAUGCUGUACGUUUUUAGAGCACUUGUCGUUAGGGUCGAGCUGAGCUGGAGCCUAUCCCAGCACACAUACUGUAUUUACAAGCCAGCAUUCACACCCAUGGAUAGUUGAUGCUACUCAAUUGACGUUAACACAUUUUUGGGGCAGGUAGAAGAAAAUCCACAGAAGCAAAAGGAGAACAUGCAAAGUCAGAUUCAAAACCGGAUCACUAUAGCUCGGUUGAGGGUUGCAGGUUCGAUUCCCGCUUCCGCCAUCCUAGUCACUGCCGUUGUGUCCUUGGGCAAGACACUUUACCCACCUGCUCCCAGUGCCACCCACGCUGGUUUAAAUGCAACUUAGAUAUUGGGUUUCACUAUGUAAAGCGCUUUGAGUCACUAGAGAAAAGCGCUAUAUAAAUAUAAUUCACAAAUCCACAAGUAUGCAAUAUUAACAGUUGACUUUUCUUUAGGAAAGCAAUUAUGUAUAUUUUUUAAAUAAAAGCAAUCUUCCAAAA